UGUUGAUACACUCGAGACUAUUGUUGAAAAGAGGUCAAUUGGGAGCCUGCGAACCAGAGUCGAGCCUGAGCAUACAUCGGUUUAACGAAAAGAUCCCACAGCUUUGACGAUCAAUCGACACGACACAACAAAGAAAAUCUGCACGACGGAUUCACCUUGAUUCCUCACCUACCGCUUCCGAGUCUGAGCCGAUAAAAUCUUUCGACGACCGAUCUCGAACUCUCCUCCCAAUAACGACCUUCUGACGAUUUGUUUGCAACAGCUGCAAGCGGAUUGAGCUCGAAUCCUCUGUCGAAUCUCACCCCGCAUAUCGUGCUAGAGACUCCAACACGAUGUCUCGCGCACCAAACCCAUCCACGGGUUCCCGCAAGAUCUCGUUCAAUGUGUCCGAGCAGUACGAUAUCCAAGAUGUAGUCGGUGAGGGUGCUUAUGGUGUUGUUUGUUCGGCAUUGCACAAGCCUUCGGGCCAGAAGGUAGCGAUCAAGAAGAUCACACCAUUCGAUCACUCCAUGUUCUGCUUGAGAACUCUGCGAGAGAUGAAGCUGUUAAGAUACUUCAACCACGAGAACAUCAUCUCCAUCCUUGAUAUCCAAAAGCCGAGAAGCUAUGAGACGUUCACUGAGGUUUAUCUCAUCCAGGAGUUGAUGGAGACUGAUAUGCACCGAGUCAUCCGCACACAAGACCUGUCAGAUGAUCAUUGCCAAUACUUCAUCUACCAGACUCUACGUGCUCUCAAGGCUAUGCAUUCCGCAAACGUCUUGCACAGAGAUCUGAAGCCUUCCAACUUACUCCUCAAUGCCAAUUGCGAUCUCAAGGUCUGCGAUUUUGGUUUGGCUCGUUCUGCUGCUUCUCAAGAGGACAACUCCGGCUUCAUGACUGAAUACGUCGCUACCAGAUGGUAUCGUGCACCUGAGAUCAUGUUGACAUUCAAGGAGUACACUAAAGCCAUUGAUGUCUGGUCUGUGGGAUGUAUCUUGGCUGAGAUGUUGAGUGGAAAGCCUUUGUUCCCCGGAAAGGACUACCACCACCAGCUUACCCUGAUUCUGGACGUCCUUGGUACACCAACGAUGGAGGAUUACUACGGUAUCAAGUCUCGCCGUGCUCGUGAAUACAUCCGCUCUCUUCCAUUCAAGAAGAAGGUUCCAUUCAAGCAGAUGUUCCCCAAGACCUCUGAUCUCGCCCUGGACUUGCUGGAGAAGCUUCUUGCAUUCAACCCUGUCAAGCGUAUCACCGUCGACGAGGCCUUACAGCACCCAUACCUUGAACCCUACCACGACCCCGAGGAUGAGCCAACCGCAAGCCCCAUUCCAGAGGAGUUCUUCGACUUUGACAAGAACAAGGACAAUCUGAGCAAGGAGCAAUUGAAGGAGUUGAUCUACAACGAAAUCAUGCGAUAGAUGUCAGUCACAUGACGACUAUUUCCUCCCGAUCCUGCUUUCUUCCUUGGACAACUCUGGAGCUGGACUUCACCGUCUUGGCUUUCUUUGACAUCUGGCCUUUGCAAACCACUUCCUUGUAUCGGCAUGGUGUCAUUCCUUGUAGUCUCCGGGCGGCGUUUUUCAUUAAUUGCAUCUUGACAGGAAAUGGGGGAAAUACAAA